UGCGAACAUCAGGACUCACCUAACGCAGACACUGGCAGCGGCAACAGCUCUGCAGAGAGCAGAGAAGAUGGCCCUCCGGGUAGCUUUUAUUCUUUUGGUGGCUGCAUUCUGCCCUGCUGUCCUCUGCCAACAAGAUGGAACAUUGGGAAAGGAAACCACAGUCCAGGAAGAACAAAACAAUGAGACAAAAGUGGACAGCUUAACCCUGGCCUCCAUCAACACCGACUUUGCCUUCAGCCUCUACAAGCAGCUGGCUUUGAAGAAUCCAGAUAAGAACGUCAUUUUCUCCCCAUUCAGCAUCUCAUUUGCCCUGGCCUUCCUGUCCCUGGGAGCAAGCAGCAACACCCUGGAAGAGAUUCUGGAAGGUCUCAAGUUCAAUCUCACAGAGACUCCUGAGGCAGAUAUCCACAGGGGCUUUGGACACCUCCUCCGCAUGCUCAGCCAGCCAGGGGACCAGGUGCAGGUCAGCACAAGCAGCGCCAUGUUUGUUGAAAAACGCCUGCAGAUCCUGGCAGAGUUCAAGAAGAAGGCAAGGGCCCUGUACCAGGCUGAAGCCUCCUCGACUGACUUCCAGAAGCCUCAUGAGGCCAAAAAGCUCAUCAAUGACUAUGUGAGCAAAAAGACCCAUGGGAAGAUCAAGGAACUGAUGUCCGACCUGGAUGAUCAGACGUCAAUGGUGCUGGUGAAUUACAUCUACUUUAAAGGAAAAUGGAAGGCGCCCUUUGACCCUGAUUUCACAUAUGAGUCUGACUUCUACUUGGACAACAAGAGGUCUGUGAAGGUGCCCAUGAUGAAGCAUAAGGACCUGACCACACCCUACUUCCGGGAUGAGGAGCUGUCCUCCUAUGUGGUGGAGAUGAGGUACAGAGGCAAUGUCAGUGCCAUGUUCAUCCUCCCUGACAAGGGCAGGAUGCAGCAGCUGGAAUCCAGCUUACAGCCAGAGACCCUGAGGAGAUGGAAGGACUCUCUGAGACCCAGGAUGAUCCAUGAGCUCUAUGUGCCCAAGUUCUCCAUCUCCACUGACUACAGCAUGGAGGGCAUCCUUUCACAGUUGGGCAUCAAGGAAGUCUUCUCCUCACAGGCUGACCUGUCUGGGAUCACAGGGGACAAGGACCUGAGAGUCUCUAAGGUCGUCCACAAGGCUGUGCUGGACGUGGGUGAGACGGGCACAGAGGCAGCGGCUGCCACAGGCCUCAGGAUGAUGGGAUCAGCUCUAAUUAUGAACCCUCUGAGACUGCGUUUCAACAAGCCGUUCCUGAUGAUUAUCUAUAACACAAACACUCAGACUCCACUCUUUAUGGCCAAAGUCACAAAUCCCAAGCAAAACUAGAACAUCCCAAGUGCUGAGGCUUCUUCCCAGGAGCCAGGGAUUAAUCCUGUAUGAGAGUAUCUAUCUGCAUUUUUGCUUCCAUGCUCUGAUUGGCUGUGGCAUGCCUGGAUUGGACAAUGACAGUAACUAACUGUAUGACUGCCACAUGCACAGAGUCCUGGGGACAGUCAGUGUCAGGCUCCCAGUCCUCUUGGCAGCACUAGCUCAUAUUCCUGAAGCUGAAAUCUAUCCUUGUGGCCACUCCUUCCCGCCACUAUUUUAUCUGCCUCUACACAAAAGCCUGGGCCCUGGAAGGUAGGCUCACCCCUGUCUAGGCUCUUGUUAUGUCUACAUUCAGCUUCCACAGCCUUCAUGGAAUCAUGCAAACUUAUAGGUGAACCAUGUGUCCCUCAGCCCCAGGACACAGAAGGGAACCCGCUACCAUGAGUCUAUUUCCAGCAUCUGGGGACCAGUUGGUGUCCAGUUCCUGCCUCACACCUUUCCUCUUCCAUUCACUGUCCCUUCAGGGGAUCCUCACACUUCCCACAUCUGGCACAGUGUUGGAGCCCUCACUCCUGCAGCUGCAUGGAGCCUGUCCUUCAGAUCAGCUCCCUUCUCCCUUCUAUACCUACUUAGGGUAGAGGAGCCUUUCUCUAGUUUCCUAAUGACCACACUCACAGAACAGAAAGACUCCUCUUCUUUCCUUACCCAAACUGGAGGGCUUGAAGCAAAAGAUCAAUAAACAUAACUGCAUGAAAAGUGA